CUUAGACCACAGCAGAAUGAUUGGCACUCUGUACUUCCUGGCCCUGCUCGUCUCCACUCUGGCCUGGGGGCAUGUGGGUGUUUGGAGCGAGCUAGCAACCAGGAAUGGCACCGGAGAUGGUGUAAGAUGUACCUGUGAUGCUUUUCUCCCUAGCUCUACUUUCCCCAUCAGAGACCUGAUUGUGGUGGAAGAAACAGCGGGGGAGAUCUCCCAUAGACUGGAGCUGGAGAUAGGGAAGCUGGAGGAGUACACGCUGAAAAUGACAGCUUAUGCAGAGAGAAUUGUAACACUGACAGCUAAAGUUGAAAUUAUGGAGAAGAACUCAGAUGACUACAGUGACGCAGACCUGGAGGAGAUCAAGGUGGAGAUUAAACAAGUGGAAGCUUUAAUUCAAGAACUUCAGCUUUCCAUCAAAAGUUCUACCGAUGUCUUUGAGUCUCUACGAGUACAAAUAACAGCCAUGGUGACCACACUUGACAAACUAGAGAAAACCUAUGACAAGAACUUGGUGCUGGCAACGAGACGUGAAUAUACUGAGAUCCAGCUAAAGCUUGAGGAGUGUGAGAAACGCCAUCAAGAAUUGUUCAACCCCAACAUUGGUUCUUGCGCACAUUCUGGCAUUACUAAACUCGGCAAGCCCAUUGUCAGCCAGUUCAAUGCUCAUCUUAGUGCUGGGUAUAAAUACGGAGGUUGGGGGAAAGACUCCAAACCAAUCCCAGAUCGGGAGUCCAUGUACUGGUAUUCUGGUUACACUACUUCAUCCAUCCACGAUAUUAGAUUCUAUACCAACUACAAAAACCUCAUUCUUAGGACCCCCUUCUUGCAUCAAACCUUAGUCACUGGUUGGGCUGGCACAGGGAAUAACUUUAUAGUAAGAGAAAACUGCCUGUACUAUCAGAUCAACUCUCCAUUUGGGUUGGCGAAGCUUAACUUGACCUCAGUCAAAUAUCAGUCUAGAGUCAUUGCUGGUGCUAGCUCAAGUUUCUCCUACAGCAACUCUCCAAAUCAGAAUUUUGACUUCUCGGCUGAUGAAACCGGUCUCUAUGUGACUUUUGCUAAAGAUGAAACAAGAGGGAAAAUGGUCAUAGCCAGAAUCAAUGAAGAAUCUUUUGGGAUUGAGGAGGAAUGGAUCACUAGUUUGUACAAACCAGGAGUGAGCAAUGCCUUUAUGGUGUGUGGUGUGCUCUACGCAGUAAAAACAGUAGAUAUUCACACCGAGGAGAUUUUCUACAUGUAUGACACCAAAACCAAGAAAGAGUACUAUGUCAGUGUUCCCUUUGAGAGGUUCCAGGAUAAGUACUCCAACCUGGACUACAAUCCUACUGAUCAGAAGCUCUACAUGUACAACAAUGGCUACUAUGUUAGCUACCAUCUCUGGUUCAACCAAACAGCUCCGACCACUAAGCAGUCCCCUAUCGCACCAAAUUCCCAGAAUAUCACUGGGAAUGUCAUGUGAUGACAUUUUGAAAUAUGUUUUUAUAGUAAUCAUAAGUGAUAAUUUUUCCUUCUUGUAUACAACAAUUAAUAAAUCAUC